CACCGAUUCCCCGCUUCAACAGACGAAAUUGGUACUUUUAAAAUGAAAGUUGCCUCUGUUCUUAUGCUCCUUGGCAGCCUGGCCUCGAUGGUCAAUGCCCACACCUACCUGAGCCACGUUACUCUUGACGGUACCAAGUACGCCGAGGGUCAGUGCAUCCGCCCCUACCCGGCCAACCGCAACUUCCCGGUCAAGGACCCGUCGUCGACUGACCUGACCUGCGGUGUUGGUGGUCUUGCAUCCACUGCUACCAAGACUUGCCCUGUUGCUGCUGGCUCUACCAUCACCGUCGAAUGGCACCAUGACAACGACUCGCCAUCCGACGAUGUCAUUGCAGAGUCCCACUAUGGCCCGUGCCUUGUGUACAUGGCACCGCUGUCGAGUAACGGCAAGGGUGACGUGUGGUUCAAGGUGUUCGAGGAUGGCUACGAUGCCGGUUCCAAGAAGUGGUGUGUGGACAAGAUCCGUGCGAACGGCGGUAAGCUCAAUGUCAAGCUGCCUGCUGACAUCAAGGCUGGCAACUACUUGCUGCGUACUGAGAUCAUUGCGCUGCACGAAUCGGACACUGACUAUGCUGUCAACCCGGCUCGCGGCUCGCAGUACUAUCCCAACUGUGUCCAGGUCUCGGUUACUGGCGGUGGUGGUGCUGUUCCCAAGGGCUAUGCUAUCCCAGGUAUCUACAAGACCAAUAGCCCCGGCAUCCUGUUCAACCUGUACAGCUCGUACAGCAGCUAUCCAAUCCCAGGCCCGCCUUUGUACACUGGUGGGGCUGGCUCGUCACCACCAAGCACCCCAUCUGUUGCUGCACCUACUGCUUCUGCUGUCCAGACCUCAGGCAGGCCCAAGCCUACUGUGACCUCGAGCGCUCCUUCGGUCCCGAAGCCCACCCAACUCUCAUCUGACAGGCACAUCACGAUCACCAAGACCAAGACCAAGACCAAGACGAAAACAAAGACGAAUACUAAGACUAUCUACGCGACAAAGACCGUCCACGAUUGCAACGCUUAA